GUUGUUGAGUGAACUCAAACUGAACUUGACUGCCACAAUGACCGAGCCGGUGUUCCUCGCCCUCCCCUCGCUCACUCCCAGUCUCGCCCUCGAGGUCCUUCCUCGUGGUCUUACCAUCCACCGUCUCUAUGUCCAAGCAGACGGCAGAACACACGACCUCGUCAUCGGUCCCGAGGAUCCCAAGGACCAUUUAAAUCAAAAGUACACAAACACCAUCGUCGGCCGAUACGCCAACCGUAUCCCCACAGACUCCCAACCCUAUAUCAUCAGCCGUAAUAAGAUUACCUCCGCCUUUACCCCUCAACCCAACGAGUCCCCGUCCGUAUCCCUCCAUGGCGGAAAGUCCGGCUUCGACUCGCGCGAUUUCGAGCCUCUCCUCGACUUGGGUGCCGUACGACUCUUUACUAACAAGGAAAAGGCAAGUAUUGCGGAAAAGUAUGACAAUGGCGCUGCGAUGAUAUUCAGGCGAGUGAGUGAGGAUGGCGAGGAGGGUUUCCCUGGCAAGUUGCUCCUGGAGGUCCUAGUUGCGCUUGUCGAGCCCCACGGCCCACAAAUUGAAAAACUGGAACUCAGUCUUGGCAGUAUCGUUAUCGUCUACAGGGCAAAGCUCUUGGAUGAAAAUAAAGUUACACCUAUCAACCUCACCCAGCAUUGGGGCUUCAACCUCGAUGCCUCUCUCAAAGACGAAGUCCCUGAUUCGCUCUCCGUCAAAGAACACAAGCUCUCCAUCAAAGCAGAUCACACCAUCUCCCUCACUGAAACUGGCCUUUCUACCGGAGCGUUGAGUCCUGUCAAGGGCACUCACCAUGCUCACGGCGAAAAGGAGACCGGCAAGAUUGGAGAGAAAUGGCCUGAAGGUGGUUACGAUCACUUCUAUCUCUUCUCCCGUCCUUCCCCGCCCUCCACUCAACCCACUCGCAUCCCCGCCUCCCAACUCACUCCUGAUACCUCCUUUGUGGAAGAACUGUUCACAAAGGAACCCGAGUCCGUCGAUCCUGUUGUAGAGUUGGCAAGCGAUAGGAGUGGCAUCAGGUUGAGUUUCGAUACUAAUCCGGAUCCUGCGAUUUUGGAGAUGGGAUCGGUUCAUGUUGACAACGUUGAGCACGGACGCCUUCGCGCGUUGAUCCUUUCUGUUGUAUUUCCGCGCAUUCGUUAUAUCGCACCCCCGGUCGGCGAUCAUCCUUUCUGUCACUGCCGUUCUCGCUUUUCUUUUGACUAUUUAUUUGCACACCCUAAGGGUACCGCGUCCUUGGGCCUACGUUCCCAUAGUUAUUCCCAUCUAUUCAUUGCCUUGCCUUGCAUUAUCCUGCCGCUCUAACAACCCCCAACCCCCCCACCCCCGGUGUUUGCUUCGUGUUUAUAAAGUUCUUUCCCCACCCCUCUCCUCCCAUCUCGCGUUUUUCAUCCGAACUCCUGACUUCCUGGCUGACCCAUCCCUUGGCUAAAUCCUCUCAGAAUCUGGCGUCCAAUUCUACACCAACAACCUCACGAACCCCUCAAAAGGCGCGCGCAAGAAAAUCCAUGGCGGGUCGGGUAUCAGUGGGAAGGGCGAUAGUUAUGAUGUUGGAACCGCUGCUUUCCUUGAAUUCCACGAACCCCUUGCGGCUUGGUUACAUCCCGAGACUCAAGGUCCCGAUAAGAACGAUACCUUGCUCGCUUCGGGUGAAGUUUACAAUAACUUCGUUAGGGUGGAUGUUUGGUAUACGUCGCCUCCUGUUUGAGGUAUGUAUUUGUAGGGAUCAACAAUCGAUUAAUGGUCGGCGAAGGGGGCCUCGUUCUUUCGGUUUUGUGGAUUUCUUGAAUUCGAUUCGGUUUCGAGUUGGUUUGGAAGGCGAGCGGCUCGGGGGUUGGUGAAUGGAUCUGACGUUGAUAUUGCCCAUCAUUGGCGAAUAGGAUGGAAAAGUGACCAAGGGGAAUCAAGUUUGUAAUUUUAUGCAUGUACGUACUGUAUGUACAAUUAUUACUGACAAACUUGCAUUUCCGUUGUCUUGCAUAUUUGCUUUUAAACUUAAACGUUCAGAUCAUAGGUCAUCAUCUACCCUGUCUCCGCAACCCUCAGUUGUCGAGAUGAACGGGUUUAACUACGAGAUUGAACCAAGUUGUGAUUCAGAUAUUUAUAGCAAAUACAGCGACGGACCUCAG